CUCGGGGGUGCUGGACACUGACUUUGAGCUGUCACUAAUCUUGGAGACCUGGUGUCACAGUAGCCCUCGCCGCUCUGGGGGACAGGGGCUUUGCUCAGCAAGUCCCUGGGGUUACUCCCCGGGGUCUCAAAUGGCUGGAGUCACACUCCGGAGUGUAGAUUCAAAGAAGGUGAGCGCACCUGGGGAUAUGGAAGCUCUGGCCAGGUCCCAGGGGUGGAAGAAGGGCUGAGCCCAGCCGGUGAGCACCCUUGACCCGUUGCCCCUCGUCUCUGUCCUUACUGCAAGGAUGCCCCCAGGGCACUGCCUGGACAGGCCUUCUCACCACAGCCUGCUUAGCAGACCCUUCAGAUGAAACACUGUGCCCAGCUCCCUGCAGAAGGUGCCCUUGGUGGUCAUACAAGUCACCCUGACUGGACAGAUUGCUUCCUGUACCCAGAGCUGGGUCCCUGCAGGUCCACGCGGGUGUCUCCUGGAACGUGCUCUGAGAGCUCUUACCCCCACAUCCCUGGUGGGAAGAGCUGCUGCCCUUUGGAAGGACUGGCCUGCGCAUCCACAUCGUAAGCCACGCUGGGAAAGGCUGACGGUUGGAGACUGACGUUAGGGAAUGUCCGUGCCCUUCAUUAUCCCGGAAGCUGAAGAAAGAGGGAAGAAUGGAAGGGAUGACGUGGCCUGGACGCUGGGGAGAAAGACCCCCGCCAUGAUCGGCUGUUCAUUCGUUGUGGACCGGGAGUACUUCGGGGACAUCGGGCUGCUAGACCCAGGCAUGGAGGUGUACGGUGGUGAGAACAUUGAGCUGGGCAUGAGGGUGUGGCAGUGCGGCGGCAGCAUGGAGGUGCUGCCCUGCUCCCGCGUGGCUCACAUCGAGCGUUCCAAGAAGCCCUACAACAAUGACAUCGACUACUACGCCAAGCGCAACGCCCUGCGGGCAGCCGAGGUGUGGAUGGACAGCUUCAAGUCCCACGUGUACAUGGCCUGGAACAUCCCCAUGACCAACCCAGGGGUGGACUUUGGGGACGUGUCUGAACGGCUGGCCCUACGGCAGCGCCUGAAAUGCCGCAGCUUUAAGUGGUACCUGGAGAACGUGUACCCGGAGAUGAGGACCUACAACGACACCCUCACGUACGGAGAGGUGAGAAACAGCAAAGCCAGCGGCUACUGCCUGGACCAGGGAGCAGAAGACGAUGACCACGCAAUCCUCUAUCCGUGCCACGGGAUGUCCUCCCAGCUGGUGCGGUACAGCACAGAGGGCCUGCUGCAGCUGGGGCCGCUGGGCUCCACUGCUUUCCUGCCGGACUCCAAGUGCCUGGUGGAUGAGGGCAGGAGCCGCACGCCCGCCCUGAAGAAGUGCGAGGAUGUGGCCCGGCCUGCGCAGCGGCUGUGGGACUUCACCCAGAGUGGCCCCAUCGUGAGCCGAGACACUGGCAGGUGCCUGGAGGUGGAGAUGUCCAAGGACGCCAACUUCGGGCUUCGGCUGGUGGUGCAGAGGUGUUCAGGGCAGAAGUGGACCAUUAGAAAUUGGAUCAAGCAUGGGCGGCACUGACCCCAGCCCCACCCUGCACCCCUCCCCUGAUGUAUACCUUAAGGACCUGGGGAAGGCAUCGGGCCCACCUGCUGGGCCGGGUGCCAGGACUCAGGCCCCUUCCCUCCUACCGCACCACUGGGACCCAAAGGGCCCUGGAUGUGCUCUGCGCCACCCCUGGCCGGGACCUCAGCUCAGCUGCCAACAGGCUAUGUCUCUGGGACAGCGGGGACCUCCCCGUGCACUUGGAAGCAGAUGCCCAGGACCAGCCACCCCACCAGGAGCACAGACCCUGAAGCCAACUCCAGCUCCAAAUCACGUGCCUUUUCUCCGGUAUUCCUGUCCAGGCCACUGGGACGGCCCACUCUGCAUGUGCUGAAGCCCCUGUACAUUCCCCCCUCGUCAAAGUAACCCCCGAGAACUCAGAGGGCUGCCAAGCUCCCGUCCCCUCCAGGCAGAACUGUGCCCUCUUCCGUCUUCUGGUCAUCUAAGGCAAAGCCCGGGAGAGCAGAGCAGAGCCCUCUCCAAGGCUGGGGAGAGGGAAACCCAGCAGAUGCACCUGCAGUGGUCCGCACGGCGCCCCGGGCAGUGCUGAGACUAGGAGAUUGUGCUGCUUCCAUCUGGCACAGAGUGGAUCAGAGGGCACAGGGCUUGUCUCAUCCACAGGAGUCCCACCUGCUGGGUCGUCCGGGAUCGGGGCCCCUGUUGUAGCAUCUCACCCAGGGCCAGGCACUUCCCCUUAUUGCUCUGAGGCAGGGGUCAGCAAAUGAUGACCCCUGGCCCUGUGCCUGUUUUUAUAAAUAAAGUUUUAUUGGCACACAGCCACACCCAUCUGUUCAUAUAUUGUCCAGCACAGCUUUCUUGCUCCAGGGCCAGAGUGGAGAAGCAGCACAGGUCGCACAGGGCCGUCCCAGGGGCUCAAGAAUGCUGUCUCCGGGCAGGAUGGUGUUUUAUGAUUGCACUGAAUGUUACAGGGCAGAUGGGGUGCAUCUACCUGGGAGCAAAGCUGGAUAGUCCUGUCCCCGUCCCCCAUCAGACCUGGUGCCCGGCUAUACCCAACACCAGGUGCACCUGACACCAGCUGCUCCCUGAAACUACCAGUACCCCCAUACUGGCUGCACCCCUAUGCCAGCAGCACCCUGACACCAGCUGCACCAUAAUUCUGAGUGGAAGGCCUGGGCCAUCUGAUGACAGGGCAUCCAGGCUGGCCUGGCUCACCCAGACAGAGGCCGAGCCUCUGCAAGCUGAACCACCCAGUCCUCCCAGUGGGGGCUCCCGAUGUCCUCCUGGUGUCCCUCCUGGGGUCUCCCAGGGGCAGAAAUAGUGGCGCCAUUUGUGAUUUCCAAGUCACCCCCAUUCUUGUAGAGUAGCCUGGAGCAGGUUGGCAGGGUUUCUGGACAGCAAGGCUUCAGGCUGGGGGCACAUAUGACCCACAUGUUCCCUCUGUCCAGGGCCAGGCAGCCCACCUUCCAGGGAGGACAGGGGCCCACCUGCCCCUCCAGGGAAACAUCACAGCUAUCUGCCCCAGCUGUGCCUGUCUCUGCAGAGGAGCGCUGUUCUGGUAGGGCCAGGGCAUCCGAGCCCUGAGACAGCAGCUCCUCUCCCUCUCCUAUGGGCCAUCUCUGGGGAAGGUGGAGGCUCUGACCUACCCUCGGGGUCAAAGGGCACCCAAUCUGACAUCCGCUGUUCUCUGGCCCCGCAGAGACCCCGGGAGUCUGCACCUCACUGUCCCCCAUCCCAGGCCCCAUGGCUCCCCCUGCUCCCUGCUGCUCCUCCCCUGCUCCUUCCUGGGGCCCAGUCCCCUACUUUCUGCUGCUGCAGGGAGCCCUGCCCAUCCCGAGGUCCCCGCUCUCCCCAGGGAACUUGACCAGCUCUGACCCAAGUCCCCAAAAACCCUCUAUUUCAGAUCAUCCCCCAAUUUUAAGACCAUAAUGGUGGCAAAUAGCUGGUAGUGAGUGAGGCCUCCAGAGUCCACCUCUCACCAAAGACCUGAGCACACUCAAAUCCAGGGGUGUCCUGAGUGAGGGUGAGAUGUAGCAGCCAUGGCCCACUAAGGGGAUUGCCAGUGGUUUAGAAUAGAAAGUGUCACAGCUUAAAACCAUAAAACUCUUGGUGUUACAAUUCAUCAGGCAGACUGACAGCCUCAUCAAAGUGCUGGUUGUGCCACACAGCCUCGCAGAAGAUGGAAGUGUCGCCACAAACCUCCCAUCCUCACGGGAGGCGGCACAGUUUGAAAGCCUGCUGUUGGGUCCUGGCUGGCGCCCGGCUCUGAGGACACAGGUCACCGAGGACAGGCAGCCGGGCCUACGGGCACCAUAGCAGUGGGUUCGAGGCAGUGGCGCUCUGUCUGCUGUAUCCAUGACAGACAAACCGCCUUCCCACAAGGCUUGGUCCCGGAGCUCUCUUACGUUCGUUCACUGCAGACCUUCCUGCCUCGUGAGCAACUGUACCCUCCACCCAGGCUUGGGCUUUUCCAGAACUGCCUGAGAAUCCAGGGCCUGGGGUGGGGAACUCAGUCCAAAGAGCCCAGCUGAUCCCCCUGGGCUCUUUGGACUGAGAAUGGAGAGAACAGAGGGUGGCCUGGCAGAUCGUCAGGUCUGUGGACACGUUCCUGACCAAUUUUGUGGUCGCGGUGAGGUGUGGCCGUGGCAGUGGCUGGUGGGCAUUCCCGCUGGUGCAGAUCCCUGUCUAUCCUAACUCACAGUGACAUGCACUCCCCUGACCCCCCACCCCACCAUCCUGGAUUCAGAAGACGCUCUCACACCAUCCGUGGCUUGUCCUGGAGUGAACCCAGCCCCCGAAACCCUGACUAGAUUCGUGUUCACACUUCCUCGGCUUCAAAGCACAGUAAUUUUUCCUCUCUGUCUUCUUUUGAAACACUGGUCUGUGGUUGAGGCCACCCCACUGUGCCAGCAAGGAUCCAUCAAACAGGGGCUCCCAUGCAGGCAACAGAUCGCAUGAUGGAAGUGCCGAGGCUUCAAGGUGGGGGGUACUGGGGCAUCCUGGGACUCACCUUCCAGCAGCUGAAGGGACCAGGAGCCUGGGCCACUUGUGGGGCUGGAGCUACAGGAGCAACGGGAGCACCCACCAUCGCAGAUGGGCACCUGGGUCCUGUGGAGCAGUGCUGGAGAGGAAAUCAGGCAGGUUUUGUCACCUCCAGUGAUGUCUGCCAGCUGGACCAUACCACUUGCAGGAGUCAAUUUUUACAUUUUCAGGAAUUUUGUGAACCAAUUGUGAAAUACAGCUAUUGCCAAAAGUAAAUUACCCUGAACCUACAAUUAAAUAUGUUAUGUUGAAAACAAAGGUAAAUACUCCAAACUCACUACUUGCUAUUUAUUCUCAUUUUAUUAUCACCCACACUCUUGGUUCAUCUAUCAUGUGGAAGUGAGGCAGGGUCCCAAAUGGAAGGUGGGUGGCUGGAAGUUGUCUGAGGUGGACAUACUUGUCAGUGGGAAUGGUCAGCUGUUGGACACCGACCAGUGCCUCCCUGUUUGCAUCGUUCCAGGGCUCUGGACACAGUGUCUUCUCAGCCACAUAACACAGGGGGUUCUCGUCAGAGCAAAGAAGGUCUACGGCCAAGUGAUCCCCUAUCCCCACCUGCUUGGGAAAGUGCUGGCGAGCACUCUGGGAAGAAGGAGGAAGAGGGAGAAAUAGGUUUGAAAUUGCAAUACCACAUCAUCCUCAAAAUAACCCUGAGUGGUGCUGAGAACUUCUGUGUCCAUUUUAUAGGUGGGGACACAGAGGCUCUGAGGACAGAAGAUACGCAGCACCAGGCGCACUCACACUUUCCCUGGCGCCAGUCAGGGGUUCCUAGGCAGAUCUGCUCCAUGCCACACCUGUUCCCCUGCACUCUCCCUGGCUGCACUGAAUGGUUUUUUUUUUUUUUCUUUUUAACCAAUAGUCAUGUUCAAAUGGCAAAGAUACAAGUAAAUAGAAUCUAAUAAAACUUAAUAGCAAGUCCACUUCUUCCAUUAAUCCAAUUAUAAAUUGGCUCUGCAGUGAAUUUAGAAAAACUCAUGUUGUUUAUUUAAAACGGUUCAUUGGUCACCAAACCUAAUGAGCAGUGGGGCUCUGGGCAGGACUGUUCACAAGCAGAUGCUUCUAAUGAGGAGCAGGGAACACAAAGAGGUUUUCCCUUUGCUCUGCUCUCGACAGAGAUCACGUGCAUCAGAAUUUAAUUUUGUCUAAUAAAAAUAUUUAUUGCUCCAAUGAA